UCUACACACAGCCAUGCAAACCCUACGUGUGAGUUGUCCUCCCCUUUUAAAGCAUCAAACCACCCCCACUCUCUUCCUCACAAACUUCAAACUCUCUCUCUCUCUCUCUCUCUCUCUCUCUCUCUCUCUCUCUCUCUCUCUCUCUCUCUCUCUCUCUGUGUCAUCUUCUUCAAAAGAGCAUCGCCAGAGCCCCCCAAGAAACGAGAAAGAAAGUGAAAACAUGGUGGGUGUGUUCCGUCGCUCCCUCUCCUUCCCAAACAAGAACCCGGCCCGCCCCAAACCGCCCAUGACCCACCACACCCGAUCCGUCAGCCUCCCCACCCGGUCCCACCCCUUGCUCUCCAACCUCCGCGACCAGCUCUCCGACCUCGACGCCUGGUCUUCUUCUUCGACAGCUCGCUCCUCUGCUCGGCUCGCCGAAGGCUUGAGCUGCCUCCGAAACGCCCUUGACUCUCUCGACGACGCCCUCCGCCUCCCCCAAGCCCAGAACCUCCUCUGCGGGCGCCCGCAGCUCGCCGAGAAGCUCCUCGAGGACUUUCUCCGCUUUGCCGAUGCUUACGGGAUCUUCCAGUCAGCAGUCCUCGCCUUCAAGGAAGCGCAGACGGCGGUUCAGGUGGCCAUAAGGAAGAGAGAUGAGUCAAAGAUCGCUUCCUACGUGAAGACCCGGAAGAGGAUCCACAAGGAAAUGCGAGACCUCACUUCUGCCAUCAGAUGCGUGGCGAAAUGCGAUAUUCUUCGUGAGCCAGAUCAUUCCCCAGCCCCUGAUGCUGAGCUUGCGGCCGCAAUAUCAGGCGUCGUCAAGGCAACGACCUCAGUGUCACUGGUGCUUUUCGGCGGUUUCGCGUUGUCAUUUGCGGCAAGGAGGUCGGCGUGGAGCGGCCGGUUGAGGCUGUCGAAGAAAGCAAAGGUCGACGAGUGGAUCGAGGAGCUCCAGUGCACGGAAGAGAGGUUGUGGAGUUUGAGGAAGAUGAAGGAUGCGGAAGUGAGGGAGAUUUUGAAGAAGAUGGAGGAUGUGGAAGGUUGCGUUGAGUGUAUAGAGAGUGGGAGUGAGAGAGUGUUCAGGAGUUUGAUCAGCGCCAGGGUUUCAUUGCUCAACGCUCUCACACCGUAAACAUUGAAGUAAUUUUGUUUUCAUUUGUAGCUUUUGAUUUUGAGUAUAUCAGAUUCAACAAGAUCAGCUUGAGUAAAUGUAGUCAUGUACAAAUCCAGAUGUGUAAUCAGACAUGGGAAUGAAAUAUUGUAUAGUGGUGAAUCUUGGGAAGUUUGAUGUAUAGUAUAAUUCAGCAA